UUGUCAAGUUGUUAUGUCAAUGUCACAGUGACGUGUAACAUUUUACGAGCAAUUAUUGAUUAGACUAAUGAAGUGUAUUUUAACUUAAAACGAGAGUAUAACAGUCUGAUAAUACAAUGUCCGCUAAAAACAAAUCUUCUGACAGUGCCAACAAAGGGAAAGUAACAGAAUCUGUUUGGAGGAAAGCUUUUGAAGCGAACGCGGAAUGGCCCGAUAAGGAGGAGUUCCUCGACGUUAUUUACUGGAUGCGACAAGCCAUCGGCAUAAUUUUGGGCUUGUGUUGGGGGUUGCUCCCCUUGAAAGGAUUCCUGGGUUUAUUGCUAUUUGUGUUAGUGAAUGCUGCAGUAAUAUAUUUUUAUGUGAGCAAUUUUCAAAACAUAGAUGAAGAGGAGUAUGGUGGUAUGUGGGAAAUCACCAAGGAAGGAUUCAUGACGUCUUUUGCUGGGUUUUUGGUCACUUGGAUAAUCAUGUACACAGGACUUCAUGGAAGCAGUUUAUGAGGUUCACAUGUGUGAAGUACAGACAGACAAACAGACAAUGUAGUCUAAGUACAAGUAUCGUUAGUAGCUUGGGAAGACAAUAUGUUAGUCUACAAUUGAGGAUGUGUUGUAAUGAUAAAAAUGUGCAAAUUGCAAAAACUGUGUAAUAUAUGCUAUGAAUUGUAAAAACAGUUAUCAUAAGUUGUUAGAUACCUCAAAUGAUAUCAACUGCUAGGUACUAUGAUAAGUGUGUAAUAGAGCAAUCUGGCUAUUAUCUAACAUUUAUUUCCUUACCCUUUUUCUGUGCUUUGUUUAAGAAUGAUAUUAUUUUUUAAAAAGAUGUCAACGGACGCAUGCAACUACAGACCCAUAUCCACGUUCAUGCAUUCUGACAAGGUUCAUGAUGACACGACGCACACUCCAUAGUGUGUGUACGUCUAUACAUGGCAUUUAAAGGGUUAAAAAGUACAGCAACAAUUCAAUGAGGUUUUUCAUUUGGGUAAUAUUGUUUCUUCUGGGUAAAAACUAAUUCUGGUGUAAUUCAACUGUAUAUUAUCCUGUGUUAGUUUGCAUUAUGAAUGGUAUAAAGAUUGUAUAUUAUGAUACGGAUUGAUAUGAAGUAAUUCAUAUUUAAAUUGAUAUUACUUAAUUCUUGGUAAAUUGCUAAACUAGUGUUGUCGAAAUAAGCUUUCAAACUGUUUUAGAAUUUAAUGGGGAUUCAAAAUGGUUAAUGUCAAGUGGAAUAUAUUUUAAAAUCCCAUACUGUUUACAUAAGUUUCUUGAGAAUGUAGCAGAUUUUAAAAAUAUUUCUACUUUUGAUAAAGUAAUAAGUAGAUGCUGAUUAUACUAGGUUUCAUGCCAAGUUCUAUGUUAAGUAUGGUGCUCCCAUAGAGUAUCACUGCCAAGUUGGUGCAAAGUUGCAAGCUUUUUAUCCUAAACAGUCUCUUAAUUUUGUUUUAAUCUUUUUUGGUAUUAAAUUGAUCCUAGCUUAAAUGCAUUAAUUAAAAAUAUUUAUUCUAGUUGUUACAGCUGAAAUACAUAAUCAAUGUAAAUAUAGACAUACCAUUUAUUUUGCUGAAUUGUCAAGUAUUUUAUCACAGAGUUUGCAUUAUUUAUUUAAGGAGAAUAAUCAUUGUUAAGUUUUUAAUCGCAUUUAAGGGAUUUUGUGAACACAACGGAUUGUUUAAUUUCUACAUAAAAUUGGUUGAAAUUUUUUUUUAACAAGAAGCUUUGGGGCCAUAAAACCUUAAUGCAGAGAAUCUAUUUCCAUAAUGUUUUUCAAAGUAGUAGUGUUCAAUAUUGCGUAAUUUCUAACACCCAUAAUAAUUUUAGCCACUUAGUCAUAGAUUAGUAGCAAUGUGAACUUUAAAUCGCAAUAAUGAAUGUAUUUCCUUGUUUCUAUUAUUAUUAAGCGCGCGAGGUCCUGUGUUGCCAGUAUGUUCCUAAGAACAAAGAUGGUUGAUUUAAUAAAAGUUUUU